GGUGCUGGUUCGCCUCCGCGCCACGCCCCUCCCACAGGCAGGCGCGGGUGGAGGCCGAACUGCCCAAAUUCAUCGGCGCCCAGUGCGCGCGCCACGCCUCAAGUUCGUCCUAUAAGGCGCGGGCCUAGGUCCCCAAGCCCAGGACAACCGCUGGGGGCGACAGAAUCGGUGCGCAGGAGCUCCUGCCGCGCCGCAACCCGGAACCCGGAAGCCUCCCGCCGCCCGCCCGCCAUGAACUCCUCCCUGCAGCCGCGCGCCAGCAGCUGGCGGCGGGCAGCCACCAUCCUACUGGCGGCCAGCUGGGUGCGCCCAAGCCCCGCCGCCCCGUCGCUGCCCCCCGAGGGCUUCCGGCUGCUGCUGCUGCAGCGCUCCGAGAACCAAGGCUUCUUGCCCGGGGCGCACGUCUUCCCGGGGGGCGUGCAGAACACGGCAGACUGCUCGGCAGACUGGUUGCGCCUCUUCGCGCCGCACCACCAGCCGCCGCUCUUCGGCCUGGGCCCCGCACGGUCGCGGCCUGCCUCUUUCCCAGGGCUGCCCGACGCCGCCGACGACGAGGACGCCGCGGCGCUGCCGGAUGACGUCGCCGCCCGCAUCUGCGCCAUCCGCGAGACCUUCGAGGAGGCGGGCAUCAUCUGA